AUGCAAAGGUUUGUGUUUAUAAUAUAUAAGUCUACCAACAGCAAACAUUCAAUACAUUAUUCUUCUUAAAAUGGAUGCCUUCAUUGUAGAUGAAGAUGGAGAUAAAGCUCACAGGAAGAGAAAUGGUGAAUCCUUGGCUGAUUUUCUGGGCCAAAGUAAACACUACCGCUCCAAAAGUGCUUCUGAUAAGAAGUUGGAUAUUCAAAGAGCUGCAGUUUCAAAUUCAUUACAGAACCUCAUCAAUGAAACACAGCAGGUGCUACCACCACCGAAACAAUAUUGUGAAGCAAAUGAUAAAAUUGGUCAAUCUGUCAAAAGUUCUCCUACCAACACGAACUCAAGUCAUCGUGCCAGUUUGGAGAAAGAUAUAGACAGCCUACAACUGCGUUUGCAGAAGGAAAAAUCUAUGCGGAUGAUGCUUGAGAGGGCAAUGGGUCGUGCAUCUAGCACUUUAUCUCCUGGUCAUAGGCAUUUUGCUACACAGGCAAAAGAGUUGAUCACUGAGAUUGAAUCACUGGAAGAAGAAGUUGCAAACAGAGAACAACAUGUUCUUUCUCUAUAUAGAAGCAUUUUCGAGCACUGCUCUAGUCAGCCUCAGUCUGAACAAAGUUCAGGAAUGAUUUCACCAGCACACCCAAAAGUGGAAACAAGGAAACACCAAAGUGUAAUUUCAAGUUCCUUUUGCUCUUCCAAAAAGCUCCCACUUCAGCCUUUGCAAACACUAUCAUCAAUAAAUGACCUGGGUGGUAAAUCUACACCACUUCAUUCGAAGAAGCGAAAUGUUUCUUUAUUAAGUGGGAAAGCAAGCAUACAGUUUGAGAAAGGCUGCCCCACUGACCAUGGUAAGGUACAAUAUCCGAAACCAUCAAUAGGAAAAGUUUCUGGGCUGCGCACACUGAAGGAUCAUCUCAAUCAAUGUCCAAGUAAGUUAUCAGAGGAAAUGGUCAAAUGCAUGGCUGCCAUAUACUGCUGGAUUCGUAGUAAAGCUUCUAUGGAGAUGGAACAAAAUCGGUCUCCUUUACUCUCUAGAUCAUCAACCAAUGUUCUUCCUCGAAGAGGAGUUGGGGAAGAGAGGGAUUGGUCUUGUAAGUCUAUCAUUGAGAUAUCCUCGAUAUCAGCCGAUAAAGGCCAUUUUUAUCGUGUAUCUUAUGCCAUAAACAAUUACAGGCUUCUUGUGGAACAACUGGAAAGAUUAAACCCAAGUGAAAUGGAAGAAGAUGCGAAGAUUGCGUUUUGGAUCAACUUACAUAAUUCCCUAGUCAUGCAUGCUUAUUUAGCAUAUGGGAUACCUCACCAUUCCUUGAGAAGACUAGCCUUGUUUCACAAGGCUGCAUACAAUAUCAAUGGGCAUGUUAUUAGUAUAAAUUCCAUAGAGCAAUCGAUUUUUGGGUUUCGCACGCCUCGAAUUGGACGGUGGUAUGAUGUCAUUCUGUCAACUGCCCUCAAGAAAAGGAAUGGAGAAGAAAGGCAACUCCUCAGCUCAAAGUUCAGACUUCCAAAUCCUGUUCCUAUUGUUUGUUUCGCCCUUUGCACUGGAACUAUUUCUGAUCCAGUGUUAAAAGUCUACACGGCAUCAAAUCUCCAAGACGAAUUGGAAGCAGCAAAAAGGGAGUUUCUUCAAGCCAACAUAUUCCUGAAGAAGUCGAAGAAAGUCUUUUUACCGAAGCUGAUUGACAGAUUCGCGAAGGAGUCAUCUAUCAGCUCAGAUGAUCUUCUCAACUGGGUAGCUGAAAACGUAGACAAGAAGCUCCAGGAUGCUAUCAUGAGGUGCAUUGAUCAGAAACACAACAAGAAAACUUCACAUAUGAUUGAAUGGCUGCCUUACAGUUGGAGGUUCAGGUACAUUUUCUCGAAAAGUUUGACUGAGAAGACAUGGAAUUUCGAGCUAUCGGUUUCGUAGUUUUCGACCUGCAGUAGUGCAUGAAAUCUGUCUCUUGGAGGGGAAUCAGUGUUAGAUGUAUUAUAUGUAAUAAUGUACUUGAAGUAAAUUUCUAACUUCCAGACUCACUAAUAAUUUGUAUUG